CGUAUAUUGGAAAGUGAGUGAACUGGUAAUAACAUGGCCGUAUGGUGAUUCGAAUGGGUACUCUCGAGUGUAUGGAUGCUUGAUAAUGCUUCUAACUCAUGUCGGUGGUAGCCCCGGUCAACAAGACAGCUCAACAUCGCAACUGCGACCUCCAGUUACCAUAGCGGCCGAAGCGAAACAAGAUAUCUGAGUGUCAGUGCAAGUAAACACGAAAAUUUGAAUGAAUUCACGAGACAUUUUUUGUUAUAUUGUGCUUGAAGAAUACACAAGGCAAACUUACGUAACCUAAAACACUGAAGGAAACAAAAUAAAUUGAUUAGUUUAUUGGAAGUUUAAUAUCGUGUGUUACAACUUGUAGCUUGGACAAAGUGCAAAAUAUUAGCGAAAUUAAAGUUUCUUGCCAGUCACGCUGUUUAAUGCAGAUAUCUGAAGUGGAGUCAAAUGGUUCUCACAAGUGUAUCAUCUACAAAGAAAGUUUAUCUAUCUCGAAUAAGUGUCAUAUUCGAUAUAGGAAGGAUUCAUUUUCGUGUAACGUUGUUUAUAAAAUUUACUGACAUUCUGUGGUUUUAACGUUACACGUAUCUGCAUUUUCGUGUGGUUGCUGGGUGAAUCAGGCACUUUGCAGUUCUGCAAGACAAAUCCGAUCCCUCAUGGCGGAUCGCAUUAAACAAAAUACUGUGAUGGAACAGUCAGUGUCAUAGCAAAACAUCAUAAACAUUUAAAGAAAACAGAUCAUGUUGUGUGUAAGUUGAGUAUAGUGCACAAUCUUCAUUUGUUAAUCUUGGAAAUCAGAUCGCAACAGGACAACCGGAAAUAUCACAACUACUGACAUAAACACAACGACAAUCUGUUUAGUAGUGGUUAGAAGGGUUUGCAGUGAUCUAACAGGACUGAAAUCAUGUUGAAAUCUUAUUAACCUACGAAGCAGGCCUGGGGACUGAAUAUGGGGCUCCAUAAACAGUAUCUGAAGGUGGGGCAGUCCGCCAAGAACAGACUUUUCGGCGUGAAACCAUGGAGGAAGACUCCUGCCAGUCCCGAGGGAACUUCAGCAGUCCAGAUGCUUAUAUCUGAGCAAGGGAAAGUCAACCACGGGCGACUGGCUGUCAUCGUGGUCGGGCUCUUCACCUUGGCGAUGGGCAUCAUACUGUCCUCCAUACCGUGGCUUGACUACAUCAUACUGAAGAACCUGAGGCUCGUGAACGGCUCCCUGAGUUACCACUACUGGCAGAGACCUGGCGUCAUCAGGCUUACCAAGGUGUAUAUAUACAACGUCACCAACCCUGACGGUUUCCUCAACAACGGGGAGAAACCCAAGCUUACGGAAAUAGGACCAUUCGUGUACAGAGAAGAUAUGGAGAAAGUUAACAUCAAAUUCCACGACAAUGGAACUGUCACUUUUCAGCACAACAAGAUCUUGCAAUUUGUGCCAGAGCUCUCUCUCGACAAGAACUCUAGAGUGAUCGUGCCUAAUAUCCCACUGUUGACGCUGACCACACAAAGCAACAGCCUGCCACGGUUGGUGAGGAUGACCUUAUCAAUCAUGCUGCGGGCAAUGGGACUCGAACCGUUUGUCAACGUCACUGCCGAAGAAUUCAUCUUCGGAUACGACGAUACGCUCGUUUCUUUAGCCCACAAGUUCUUCCCUAAGCACCGACGGCCAUUGUCACGGAUGGGGCUGCUGCUCGGAAGAAAUGGAACCUUGAAUGAAGUUUCCACGAUCUACACAGGCCAUACAGCCAUGGAAGAAUUUGGCUAUAUGGACAAGUUGAAUGGUCUUGAUCACCUACCAUAUUGGCCUGAUUCACCAUGUAACAAUAUACGUGCCUCGGAAGGGUCAUUCUUCCCACCUAGGAAAUACACCCACAGUGACGUUGUGCAUGUGUAUGAUAAGGACCUCUGCAGAAUAAUACCGUUGCACUUCCGUGGUAUGACAACUAAGAAUGGUAUUGAAGCUGGUAUCUACACGCCACCUGAAGACAUCUUUGACUUACCAGAGAGACAGCCAGAUAACAAGUGUUACUGUGGUGAGAAUGAUAAGACUUGUCCAGCCAAAGGACUUCAGAAUAUUGCCCCAUGUCAGUUUGGAGCACCGGCAUAUCUCUCCUUUCCUCAUUUCUACCAGGCUGAUCCAGCUCUGCUUGAGGCUGUGGAAGGACUGAAGCCAGAGAAGGAGAAACAUCAGACAUACUUUUUGAUACAACCCAACUUGGGAGUCCCAGUGGAAGGUCAAGUACGAGUCCAGUUCAACCUAAAAGUAGAGCGCUCACCCAAUAUAUACUCUGUUGCCAAGUUCCCUGACAUCGUCUUCCCAAUCAUAUGGCUUCAAGAGGGAAUCACAGAGCUCACACCCAGUAUACGACAUUGGGUUUACUUGGCUACAACAGUCGCUGAAGUUUCAGCUCCCAUAUUUGAAUAUGGGUCUAUUGUAUCAGGAAUCCUUAUUUUGGUUGGCGUGUUCAUCAAGACAUACAAAAAUGUUGUGUUCACAAAGGAGGCUUUGGAGAAAGGCAAAGAGACUCUGAGAAGAGGAAGCAGUUUCAUCAUCAAUGGGCAACACAGACUUCUUAUUAUCCGGGACUCUUAUUCUUUGCUAAACAAUGUAAACACAGAUCCAGAUCCAGAUCCAGAUGAUGAAGAUGAUGGAGUUUGAAAAGUCCCCUGGUAACAAGUGAGGAUUUUGUGACAUGAAUCUGGAUCAGGAUUGGUUCCAGAUGAGGAAUAUGUUUUAAACAUCAGAGGUAGUCUGCUGUCAUUCUUUGAGGCAGAAUGAAAUGCUUCACUUGUGUACCAAAGAGAUGUACACUGGAUGUUGAACCAAAGUGAUGAAACUAGUAUUUCAUUCCUAUUUUACAUGUUUAGGAUUUUAAAAAGAUGUUACAAGUGAUGCAGUCAGAAGAACUACCGAUUUUAAGUACUCAAUUAGCAUAUUUGCAGGACUGAAUGUCAGGAGACAUGUUACUGGGACUGAAACAUUGGCAGAUGUUCCUGAACUGAAGUGUCAGCAGACAUGUCUGCUGGUCUGCAGAUGUCUGAGCUGUAGUGCCAGAAAUCAUCUAUAUGUGGGAUUAAGUGUCAAUAGACAUCUAACUGCAGGACUGAAAUGUCAGCAGAUGUCUGUUUGUUAGACUGAAAGAGAUGGAAAAUAUGUUUGUGGGAGUGAAGUUUUGGCAGACACAUAUUUGCUCAGUAUUCAUAUUCAUCUACUUAGUACACUUUGGAAUUGAAUCACUAACCAUUCCAAUUGAUGUGACAAGAAGCCAGAAGUUCUUUUCUAGGAAUACUGAAGAGUCUAUCAUCCAAAUAAACUACAGUGCUUCAUGUUCCAAGUAUUAUCAAGAUUAUUUUAAUAUUCAUAUAUUGUUAUUUGCUCAGUGCAAUAUAAAAGUUUACAUUAAUAUAAAUGAUAUUGAUAUGAAUUCUUAAGGUUAUGUUAUACUUCAAGUGCCACAACUUUUAUGAAUAAUACAUAUCAGCAAUUUGAGAACACUAACAGUGUAUAAUCAAGGCUCAAUUUGUAUGUUCAUUUGAAAGUAAAUAAUUUGGGUAAUUGCAAUUCUGAAAUAUACAGUUCACUAAAUAUAUGUUUUCUGACCUAUAGAAUGGGCUACUCUCAGGAACAGGCACAUUAUUUUCAGAAUGUCCUAAGCCUUAUCCCCGGCCAAAGCUGAUUUUAAGAUUUUGCACAUUGAUUCAAGUUUUCACAGUGCUGAUGAAGCUGUGAUUUUGUGACUGCGGAAAAUAAAAAGCUCCUCUGGUUCAGAGGUCAUUGGCCCUCAUUACUGUUCUUGCUAUUAUCAGAUGCUGCCUCAUGGGUGCCUUGUUGUCAGAACAGGAUUUCUUCACACCUGUUCCUAGUGUGAACAUGAAAUUCAUAAUCAGAGCUACAGAUGAGAGAUAAGUGGGAUGGGAAUAAUACUCAUCUCCAUGAUAAAUUAAAUCCAACCUACUUUUUGAAUCAUGAAUGUGUUCAUCAUUAGGAUGAAAUAAAUUUUAGAAAGGAAAUUUAGUACUGAAGUCUUAGAAGAAACAAGAAAGAGCCCAAAUCUGGUAUUGGGUAUGCUGUAGCAAAGUUUUAAUAUGGCAGUAUUUUUGUGAAUAAAUCUUAAAAUAAAAGUUGUAAUUUAAUAACAGGGUUUUGUAUAAAGUAAAAGAGGAAUUUAUGAGAUUUCCUCUGAUAUAUGAAUAAAGACUACAAUAUUUAACAAAUA